UUUUCUCUCGGCACCUGCCCGAACAGCUGAUUCUUUAUUUACCACUCAAUUUUCGAUGGAAAACGCCAGCGCGAAGACAAUUAGAAAUCGUUUAGUUAGAUAAAUAGAGAUCAGUGGACGCAAGAUGUUUGGGAACCUGAAAAAGAAGCUGAGCAGUGCGAUUCAGGAGGGCCUGGUGAUCUCGGAGAAUCUGCAACAGCAAUAUCGCCAGCGUGUCAGUUCCGGGAACUCGGGGAGUAGCCAAGCCAGUGGGAUUACGACCCCCACUUCGCCACUGGGCCUCAACGAGAGUCUGUCGUCCAGCAGGAGCAGUAGUCUCUCCCUUAGUUCUCCCUUUCAGCUAACCGAUGGAGUGCCCAGCCACCUAAAUGUCGCAGUAGGUUGCAGUUUGCUGGCCAAAUACGAGGAUGAUUGGCAGAAGAUUCAUGGCGCCAACGAAGAAAACGCUGAGAAGGCUGCGCAGAUUGCUAACCAAAUCUCCGGACUUCAAAACAAGGCCAGCCAUCAGCGCAAGAUCAUUAGUGAGCUGAACAACAGUCUGGCGGGGAUUCCCACGUUGAUCGCUCAAUUGCAAGCCAGCUCACAGGUCCUUAAUUCCCUGGAGGAAAUGGGUCAGCAAUUAGAGGUUGAACUGGAGAAGCUGGAGGACCUGUGCGAGGAGUGCGAGCUCCAAGAGUUUAUCCUCGAGCAGCAGUUUCAGCUUUCCCGACACAAGCAAAAGAAACUAAACGAACUGGAGCAGUAUCGCCAGCAAAUAGCCCAGAAACACCAAUCCAAAAUCAAAGAUCAGGAGCAGACCCUACUGAAGCUCCAGAGGGAACGACAGGCCGUCUUCGACGACGCCUUCCGAGGAGAUAUGGAGGAAUACAAACAGCAUGGCCAGCUGACAAAAAUUCAAACCACCAGCAACAAGUUGUCUCUGGAGGAAGUCGUCCUCGAAGCCAACGAAGUGGAAACAAAAGAUGCUUUGGAGCAAUUUCUAAAUGGCUAACUCACAUUAUUUGCUCAUCUUGCAAAAGACUACAAUUUGUGCCUUAAAGUGCAAUAAGCAGUGUUAUUGUUAAAAUAUUUUAAAGGGGAAUCCUGAAAAUCAACUUAACUUUUUCACGGCAUUUUCUUACUGCAUUUAAUCUUCAGACUAUAAAAUUAAAGGGAAUCGGGCAUACAAAUUAAUUAUCUAUACCAAAGUAUUUUAACAUUCAUAUUCAUUUUUAAAGUAAUUUACAAAUUUUUGUACCAUCUCGGAUUACUAUAUUUUAAAAAAUUAAGUCAAAGUAAAAGCGAAAUUUUAGGAAUA